UUGGUGAUUGGUCCUUAGAAUUGGCUCACAAGAAAACUUAAACAACUGACAGUGCAGAGAAUUUACACAGACUAUGCCGUCAUAUUGUGGAGGAUCUUGGGAUUGACAAUAUGAAUAUUCUUGUGAGGUUCCUUCUUUGCUGUCCCUUAUAUCUCUCAGUUUUAGGAGCUGUUAUUACACCUAAGUCUUGUGAGAGUCAAAAAGGUCUGACCAUCACCCACGUGUACAGCCCUGAAGAUGGAACUGAGCCAAUUAAGACUGUGAAUUCUGAUGAUCAGAAUCUUAUAUUUAGGCAUCACAUCCGCCUCCAGACGCCAGAUGAAGACUGCGAGAAAAAUAAACUACUUGCUGGUUUGCUGGCAAGAAUGAGCGCUCUAGAAGAAGAGAUGAUGGGAUUAAAAGAGGAAUAUCAGUUCUGCUGUGGAGCAGGAGCACUUAUAAAUAACUGCAAUGGAAAUGGACAGUUUAUUAAGGAGUUGGGCCGGUGUCAAUGUGCUGAUGGCUGGGAGGGACCAGACUGUUCCAUUAAAAGUUGUCCGAACAACUGUGCAGGUAAUGGAAUAUGCAUUGACGGUGUCUGUCAGUGUGCUGAAGGUUUCACUGGCCCAGACUGCAGUGAAAAGAAGUGCGCCUAUGAUUGUGGAGAAUUCGGACAAUGCAUUGAUGGAUUUUGUCAGUGUGCAGAGGGCUACACCGGCCCAGACUGCAGUGAAAAGAAGUGCGCCUAUGAUUGUGGAGAAUUCGGACAAUGCAUUGAUGGAUUUUGUCAGUGUGCAGAGGGCUACACUGGCCCAGACUGCAGUGAAAAGAAGUGCGCCUAUGAUUGUGGAGAAUUCGGACAAUGCAUUGAUGGAUUUUGUCAGUGUGCAGAGGGCUACACUGGCCCAGACUGCAGUGAAAAGAAGUGCGCCUAUGAUUGUGGUGAAUUCGGAAAAUGCAUUGAUGGAUUUUGUCAGUGUGCGGAAGGCUACACUGGCUUAGACUGCAGAGAAAAGAAGUGCGCUUAUGAUUGUGGGGAAUUCGGAAAAUGCAUUGAUGGAUCUUGUCAAUGUGCGGAAGGCUACACUGGCUUAGACUGCAGAGAAAAGAAAUGUGCUUACGACUGUGGUCGAUUUGGAAAAUGUGUUGAUGGAGUUUGCAAAUGUGCAGAAGGAUACACUGGUCCAGCUUGCAGAAAAAAGAAGUGUCCAUUUGACUGUGGUGAAUUUGGAAAGUGCGUGGAUGGUGUCUGCCAGUGUGCUGAGGAAUACACUGGACCAGCCUGCAGACAGAAGAAGUGUGCAGUUGACUGUGGACCCAAUGGGCGCUGUGUUAAUGGGAAGUGUGUCUGCAAUGUUGGCUAUAUGGGAAUUAGUUGCUCUAUAGAAAUCGCCAGUCUAUGCAGUGGGAAUGGAAAAUACCAACUGGAGUCUGGUACCUGUCAAUGCGAUGAAGGCUGGGAGGGCCCUGAUUGUUCUCAGAGAAGCUGUCCCAAUAACUGUGGUGGCAAUGGCAUAUGCAUUGAUGGUGUCUGUCAAUGUGCUAGUGGAUUCACAGGUCCAGACUGCAGUGAGAAGGAGUGCCUACUGGACUGUGGUGAGAACGGGAAAUGUGUUGAUGAUUCAUGCCAGUGUGCAGUGGGAUAUACUGGCCCAACCUGCAGAGAGUUAGAUUGUCUCAUCAACUGUGGUGAAAAUGGACGAUGCGAUGGAGGCCAGUGCUUCUGUGAGGAGGGUUUUAUUGGCGAAUCAUGUUCAGAAGUAAUGGCUGUACAAAAUUUGCGCCUUAUUGGCUCUACAGAAGAGUCACUAAACAUUGCAUGGGACCUACUAAUGGAUGCAGAUUAUUAUUUAAUUACUUACUAUCCCUAUAAUUUGAAAACCAUGAAGAAACAAGUACAGGUUUCUGGAAGUGAAGAUUCAAAUACACUCCUGGGUUUAAAUUCUGGCACGUUAUACACAGUUCUGAUGUACCAAGUAAAGAAUGGAGUAACCAGUAAUCCUGCCGAACUUCAAGCUAGCACUGAAGAAGCAUUACUUGGAACAUUAUGGGUAACAGAAGAAUCAGCAGAUUCAUUGGAGGUAGAGUGGGAAAAUCCCCCCAAUGAGGUUGAUUAUUUUAAACUGAAAUAUGCUCCCCAGCCAGGAGGAGCUGUAACUGAGGUGAUGGUACCUCAAAGUAAGGACCCCAAGAGCAGGUAUAUAAUUACAGGUCUGGAGCCCAGCACCAUGUAUGAGAUCAGUGUACGAUCAGUUAGGGGAGCUCGGGAGGGGAAAGCAUCGACUGUUGUAGGCACUACAGGCAUUGAUGGACCCAAAAACUUGGUGACUACAGAGGUGGGAGAAGACACAGCAAGCCUUUCCUGGGAAGCAGCCAAGGGUGUGAUAGACAAGUAUGUGCUCAGAUAUACAUCACUUGAUGGUGUCACAGAGGAAAUAGAUGUGGACAACGGCCAGACAACCACUUUGCUUAGCAAUUUGAUCCCUGGCAUGGAAUACACCUUCCAGCUGUGGGCAGAGAGAGGGGAGAAAAGGAGUAAGAGAGCCACCGCCACCGCAACGACAGAUAUUGAUUCACCAAAAGACCUUGAGGCAUCUGAAAUCACACAGACAGAAGCCAUGAUUACCUGGACACCACCCAUUGCACAAAUCGAUGGCUAUAUACUGACCUAUGAAGAUUCAGAUGGUAUCAGUAAGGAGAUUGAAUUGGAUGCCGCACAAAGUAGUUAUAAACUGGAGGGGCUAAGCAAAGGAUUGAAAUACACUGUGUACCUUAGAGCUUUCAGAGGAGCUCGGCGAAGCAGACAGGCCAGCACUUUCUUUUACACAUUGUAUGUGGUGAUAACCCACCCUAUAGACUGCAGCCAAGCCCUCCUCGGUGGUAACAAAGAGAGUGGUGUGUACACAAUUUACCCCGGUGGGGACACAGGGAAAGGUUUGAGGGUGUACUGUGAUCAGACCACCGAUGGAGGUGGAUGGAUUGUGUUUCAGAGAAGGGACAGCGGCAAGGUUGACUUUUACCAAAAAUGGAGGCCGUACAUAGAGGGAUUUGGGGAUCCUGCUCAUGAAUACUGGCUUGGUCUUGAGUGGCUUCACAAGAUAACUUCCACACCAGUACAGUAUGAAUUACGUGUGGACCUCCGAGCUGGUGAUGAUUCUGCUUAUGCCAAAUACAAAAACUUCCAAGUAGGCUCAUCCAAAGAAAGAUACCGGCUCACUGUCAGCGACUACUCAGGCACUGCAGGGGAUGCUCUUACUUACCACAAUGGAUGGAAAUUUACUACUUGGGACAAAGAUAAUGACAUAGCACUUACUAACUGUGCACUUUCCCACCGUGGGGCAUUUUGGUACAAGAACUGCCACCUUGCCAACCCUAAUGGGCGAUAUGGAGAAACCAAUCACAGCCAGGGAAUAAACUGGGAACCGUGGAAGGGUCAUGAAUUUUCCAUUCCUUUUGUGGAAAUGAAGAUCCGUCCAUAUCUAGCGGCUGAAAGCAAUAUCUAAUGAUAAAAUAGACUUUUUUAGUGAUUGUGGUAAUAAAAACAGAGUUGAAUGUUACAAGCCAAUUUUUUAUUUUUUUUUAAUAGAGCAGAUUAACAUAAUAUGAACAUUCAAAAAUGCCUAAUAUUUUUUAUUCAUAAUUAAAAAACAAAUAUUUUUUUCCAAUAAAAAAACUUCCCAAUUUAAUUUAUAUAAUCAAUUUUUUAUUUUUUAUUAUUUGUACACAAAUAGAAAAAAGUAAAUUUGAUGAUAAAAGAAAGUUGAAUUUUGUUUUUUUGUUUUUAAUGUAAGCUCUUUCCAAAUCAUGAAAGAAGAAUAUUGUGUUUUAUGUCCCCUUAAAGGGCCACUAAACCCAAAAUCUUUCUUUCACGAUUCAGAUAGAGAAUAGAAAUUUAAACAACAUUACAAUUUACUUCUAUUAUUUAUUUUGCUUCAUUUUUUAGAUAUCCUUAGUUGAAGAAAAAGCAAUGCACAUGGUGAGCCAAUCACACAAGGCUUCUAUGUGCAGCAACCAAUCAGCAACUAAUGAGCAUAUCUAGAUAUGCUUUUCAGCAAAGAAUAUCAUGAGAAUAAAACAAAUUAGAUAAUAUAAGUAAAUUAGAAAGAUGUUUAAAAUUGCAUUCUCUUUCUAAAUCACGAAAGAAAAAAUGUGGGUUUCAUGUCCCCUUAAGUUUUGUAAGAUAUAUUCAACAGAAUAUAGCUAGGCACAUUCUUAAAGUAAUAUUGAAAAAUAGACUUGAAUUAAUGGCUCGCUUCAAAAGAGCAAUCCUUUUUUUAAGGAUUGUAGUUCAGUAUAACUGUUGCAUAUCUAAAAUAAUUCAGUGUUGGCUACAAAUCUUAUACCAGAGUCAGAGAUGCAAAACAAAUAUUUUAUUUGUUAGUUUGUCACUAUAUAUAUAUAUAUUAUUAAUUUUUUUGCUUGAAUUUAAUCCUGGUACUGUACUUUGAAAGUAGCAAACAGCACAGUAUGAUUUUUUUUUUAAUUUAGUACAACUUUUACCAGGAAGGCUGGUAAAUGCGUGCUACACAGCAUGUAGAAUAUGUAAAUAUUAUUUUGUAACAGGUCUUGCUGGCAAGUGAACAACUGAUUUAUGAUGUCAACUUUUCUUGUGACUUUUAUUGCUAAACUUUGUCAUAAUUUCAACAAUAAAUUGUGUCAAACUGGGAAAUAAAAAUGAACAAAUUA